AGAUGACAUAAUUGUAGCAGUUUCAAACGAGGGAUCCGUAAGGAAUUUCAAAACUUGUCUCAAAAUCACCUACAAAGGAAAAUUACAACAUGAUGCCAGCAUUAAAUUUAACUUUGAUGGAUCAAUGAUGCAGUUUGGAACAAAAUCAUCUUUAAUGUAUAACAGCAAAAUGGUAUCCUUCGAUGUAAAUUUUGAUGCAACCAAGGAUAUUGAAGGGAAAGUUACUUUGAAAUCGCCAUUUACCGAGGACAUGAUUUUGGCUUUCUCACACGAAAACACGGGGAAUAAUUUCAAAACCUGUCUUAAAGUUACUUACAGUGGAGAAUUGCAGCAUGAUGCAAGUCUAAUCUUUAAUAUGGAUGGAACAUUGGUUAGGUUUACAACUAAAUCAGUUUUUACCUACAACAACAAAAUGGUAUCUACUGCAGUAAGUUUUGAUACAACAAACAUUCUUGAAGGCAGAAUAACAGUCACAACACCAUGGACAAAUGAUAUCAUUGUAGCUUUUUCAAAUGAGGGAUCUAUACAAAAUUUCAAAACCUGUCUUAAAAUUACCUACAGUGGUUCUCUAAAGCACGAUGCCAGUGUUUCAUUCAGUUUGGAUGGAUCAGUCAGAAAGUUCUUUACACUGGCUUCAGUGAAAUACAAUGACAAAACAGCUUCCUUUGAGGUAACUCUUGAUUCUAGAAAAGACAUUAUUGGAAAGAUCACCUUGAAAACACCAAUGUAUAAUGACGUUAUCAUUGCGAUCUCCCACAAAGGUAACUGGAAAAACUUUAUGUCCUUGGUAAAAAUCACCUACAAUGGCGCAUUGCAACAAAACGCAAGAGUAAGCUACAAGUUAAUCAAGAAAUCAACAGGUAUCCAGGCAAACACCGAGGCAAGUUACAAUGAUAAAACAGUAUCCGGAGACAUUUCUAUUGACACAUCAUCUGGAAUUGAUGGAAGUAUGGUUGUUAAAUCACCAUGGACCGAUGACAUUACUACAAUUGUAAAAUACAACGGAGAACCAAAAGAUUUCACUGCUCAACUUCAGCUGGAUUACAAAGGCUCUCGUCAACAUGAAGUAAAUAUUAGACAUACAACAACUGGUGAAAUGAAGAGACUUUCAACUGCUAUCUCUGCGUCCUACAACGGCGAAGAAUUUUCGUUUGAUGGUUCAUAUGACGUAAAAGACAACAAGAACGCUCAAAUGACUUUCAAAUCACCAUUCACCUUAGAUGCAUUUGUGAAAAUAUCUUUAGAAGGAACAGUUCAAAGAUUUAGCUCAAAUGUAGAACUAUCAUAUGGCGACAAGACCCAUGUUAUGACUUCAAAAUUCAAUAUGAUCAUGACUGAUUCCAAAGUAGGUACUGCAGUUGAAAUAUCAGUCGACAACCAGAAAGGAUCUAUUGACAUCCUUGUUGAGUACUCUGAUGAAUACAAGGUAAAAGUAGCUGCAAUUUCACCACUUACUGACGACAUUGAACUAAUGUCUACUGCAAAAAUAAACCGUAACAAUUUAAUUGGAUCAUUACUGAUUAAACUCGCAGGAAAUAUUGUCCAUGACAGCAGUUUCAGUUUGACAAGAAGAAUGGGAGAAAACCAAUUUGUCGCGAAUUUGAAUGCUAUAUACAACUCUAAAAAUGUCAAUGGGGGAUUCUCAAUUGUUACAUACAAUGGAAUAGACGCCAAAAUUACACUAGAGACUCCAGUUGCAGGAUACGAGAAGAUUGCAGCUAAUUUCUUAUACGAAACUGACAGGGAUACAAUUACGACACAAGUCAAUGGGAACGUUGGAUCUAACAAUGUAGAAUUGAAUGGAGUUUUUGAUAAGACUUCACCAUUCAAUGGAAAAAUUAAUAUCAAAACUCCAGUCAGUGGAUUAACCGAAAUGUCAAUGAACGUAGUUUUCAACAACAAUCCUUCAAACUUUCGUCUCACAUCUGAUUUCGCUAUUGAAGGUCAAAACAUGUAUGACCUUAGUUUUGAGCAUAUCUCCUCAACAAGUAAUUUACAAGGAAGUCUUGAACUAAAAACAGCAAUUAUAGAAGACAUUGACAUCAAGUAUGACAUCUCUGGAAGUUUAACAAAGUCUUCAUCCUCGUUUAGUGCCUCCGUUGGAAGUAACAACCAAAUUUCGUCGAACACGAUGACCAACAUUCAAGGUAGACAAAUGGGAGAGGUAAAAUCAACAUUAAAUGUCAACAUUGCUGGUAUCACAAAAACCGCUGAAAUAGAAUUAAAAAGUGGAAGAAGCUUCAGCGAUUUCACUUCUAAAAUAAGUGCAAAAAUUGAUAAUGAUGAAAUCUCUGUAGAAACCAUACUGAAAAGUCAACCAUCUUAUGAGGCAUCGAUUAAGGUAGAAACGCCUUUCAAAUCAGCUAAAUCAAUGUCAGCUACGGUAAAAAAUGUUCGUAAAUCAAAUUAUGUCAGCACAUCAGCUGUUGUUGCACUUUCCCCGGAAAAGGUAUACGAAAUGAGUCUUAAUUAUCUCAACCAGAACUUCAGAAAGAUGGAUAUAAAAGCAGAAGUAAAAACUCCAGUGAAAGGACACGAGUUGAUGAGAUGGGUAUACAGGCACGGGACUGACCAGGUUUUGUCUGUAUUUUCAAACUACGAAUGCUCAACUGGAAUACAAAUUACUGGCGAUGUUAAACUGUCACCAAGAUCGUUCAACAUGGAUGUCAGGACUCCGUUUCAAGCAUUUCGAUCAUUGUCUCUAAAGGGAAACUUAGAAAGACAAAAUAUGAUCUACAGUUUAGACACUUCUUUUGAAAUGAAUAAGAAAUCCGUUAAACUAUCUGGUUUAGUAGACUUAGAAAGCAGACCAAUGACAACCAGAAUCGAGUUGAAGACUCCAUUUAAGGGACUUGAAUCUUCCGAGAUCAAUCUAUCAUGUACAGGAGACAUCAAAGAUUUGCGCGCCACAAUCGAAAUUGUCACUCCAUUGAUUAAACCAAUCAAUUCCGAAGUUCAUCUCCGUUACGAUUCUCUUUCGGACAUGGAAACCACUGCAAUUCUUACCACAGGUUUUAAGUCCUUCGAACGAUUGAGUGUUUCAUUUGUCAACAAGAAACACAGAAAUGAAUACCAAACACAUGUUGAAACCUCGUGGAAUAGAGAAAAGACCAUUGCAUUGGAUGCUUCCUGUGAUGUUUCGGAGAUAUCUAGUGGAAAGCAUAUCAAGACAUCAAUGUCAAUUUCUACACCUUUCGAAGCCCUUAAAACUAUAACUGUCAAUAUGGGACAUAAAUAUUCUACUGGUAACUACAUGCAAUCGAUAUUCUUGGAAUACAACGGGAAACCUCUGCUAGAUAUUGACACAUCUUAUUCAAAUAUUGAGCAUCACACAGUAACCAUAGUAACAAGACACCCUAGACCUAUGAACUUCAGAAUUGGAGGUAACAUGGAAGCCGAGAAGAUGAACAGUGAUAUCAGCUUAAACUGGAAUACAGACAAAACAGACAGCAAUAUGAACAUGGAAGCCUUUUAUAGUCAUAGCAAUAAUAAGUGUAACUUAGCACUUAGAUUUGUACAUCCGUCAAAAACCAUUGGAUUUAGAGGAGAAUUAAAACGUUCAACAAGUCAUAACUUAAUUUCGCUUGAUGUAAACGUAGAUGAUGCCAAUGUAUUUGGAUAUACCUAUGACUGUAAACACGGCAAUGAUGACAGAGAUACUAGUAUGAAAUUCCGUUUCCCAAACAGAUCUUUCAUGUUAACAAACGAAAUUCAAAACCGUCUUGGAUCUAAAAUGGUAACUGGUGCCUUCUAUUGGGAUGCUGAUGGUGACCAGACAAAAAAAGUAUCUGUUAAAGGGGAUAUAACUCCUAGUGAAAAUGGUGUAGAUGCCAAUGUUGUUCUCGAAAUGCCAAGUAUUGGACAGGAUGUAAAGCUUGAUUCCAAGGUGAAAUUCAACAAGGGAUCUGUUCUGUUUGAUGGUAAAACUGAAUUCCAGUAUUCCAAAGAUUCAAGGAAGACACUAAUUCUUUCCUCACGACUGGAAGAUCUUUCAUCCGGUACUGACACUAACUACAGCUUUAACCUAGGAAUCAAACAUCCGUAUACUACUGUUGACGUUGAAGUAACUUCACUCCUAGAAUCAUCAGUUUACAAAAAGAUGGCUUCUGUCGAUGUUAAAUACCAAACAGCAAACAAAAUGGCAAAGAACUUUGGAAUAAUGGGAGAAAUCGAUAGCUUAAAGAAAAGCAUCAAGAUGGAUCUGAAAACGCCUAUUAAAUCAAUCAAUAUCCAAGGCAGUGUACAAACUACGGCUCCAUACAAAGUGUCAAUAAAGAACCUGUAUGAUAAUGUCAAACCAGUCAGUGCAGAUAUUGUCUUUGACCCAUCCGAUGUCAGUAUUGAUGUCAACAUGAACUAUGAUAUUGACAAUCCACAAAACAUCCUUCAUGUGAAUGCUAAAAUGUCAGAUGAAAGUGGACUCACUGCCGAAGUUUUCAGAGAUGUGGACAGUAAGAGAGUUUCCGAUACAUUGAUCAACCUGAAACUGAAGACUUCCAAAAUACUCCAUACACGUGUACACUGGAACCCUGAUCUUUUGAAAACCGUCAAGUCUGUUGGAUUGAACAAGAUUCAUAAGUAUGGCAAUGGCAUCAACAAAGCACUGCAAACAUCAUGGGUUGCUGUAGAAGAGGAGGUUCAAGCCAAACACAGAUUGAUCAUAUCUGCUAUUAAAGAAGACAUGAAACCAUACAUCAAUUUUAUGUCAGCUAGAGUUACCGAACUUCAAAAAAUGAGACGCAAUAAUGAUUUCUACUUAAAUGAUAUCGUAGGACAUUUCCAAACAACACAAAAUGUUAUCAGGCAUCAGAUGAAAUCCCUUCAAAAUGAAAUCAACAGUUUAACAAGAGAUAUGGACUGGACACUUUAUAAUUUGUAUCUUGCUGAAAUUACUGAAUUGAUAAAGUUGAUGGAAGACAUGUCAUUACAGUACUACACUGAAGUUUUAGAUUGCAUACAAUCACAGACAACACAGCUGUCAAACACCAUUGAAGGUGUAUAUACCAAAUAUAGAAAACAUGUAACAGAUUCGGUUGCAUCUAUCUCAAGUAACAAAAUUUUGGAAUCAGUUCGUUCAAGAUUACCAACAAUUCCACUGAAACAAAUGGCCGACAGAUACAAUACAGCCAUCUACAAUGCAAGAGAAUCUAUCAAUACCGGGUUAAUAAAAACACUUCCAACCCCAGUAUAUCAUAUGGCUUCAUCGGCAUAUAAGUACUGGGAAAUUGAAGAAAACAUCAGAUCUGUUUUUAUCAAAUUCGUCAAUUUUAUUAAAAAAGACAUUGGAGACGAAUUCAGUAAUAUCAAAGACUUAAUAACUGAUGUUAAGAAAACAAAAGUCACAGUAUAUGACCCAAAGAAAGGUCACUUUGAAAUGGACAUUUAUCUACCUCUGGAAAUGAAAUCUUUAACAGAAGUAAAAAGGAUAACCAAUCCAAUUGAGAAUCUCAGAUCUUACAUUCCACAAUCUAAUCCACUUUCAUCCUGGAACAAUAUAUGGUCUCAUGCAGUUAGUCCAUCGUUUGGUGCCCAUGCUCACAUUAAGGGAGAUCAUUUCACCACCUUUGAUGGACAAGAAUUUGAUUUCAAUGGAAAAUGCAGUUAUGUCCUGGCACGUGACUUUGGCAAAGACAAGUUCAGCAUCAUUCUUAGUUACAUGGGAAGACAGAGCAAAAAAUUGGUUGUCAUGACCUCCACACAAAAUGUUCAAGUGGCUUCAAAUGGAAAGGUCCGUGUUGAUGGAGUAGAGAGCAAACUUCCAUAUGCUUCAGACGAGAUAAAAAUUUCACAAGUAGGAGACAACAUUUACGUCGAUGGAAAUGGUUUUGGUGUGGUCAACAACAUAAAAUCAGCGUCAUAUGACAUUGAACUCAGUCAUUGGUUCCAUGGUAGAACAGGUGGCCUGCUUGGUGUCCAUGACAACGAGAGAUUUGACGACAUGAUGAUGUCUAACAAACAGAUCACAUCUGAUGCAUACGCUCUUGCCAACUCUUGGCAAGUCCAAAAUAAAUGCCGUUAAAUAUAGAACUUUUACCGAAUGAGAUUAACUUUUGUUUUGUUGAUUAUUUGUUAAUUGUUAACUUUUGGUUCUUAUUUAUUUUUUCGUUUAUUAUUUUUUUGUAAAAACAUUUGAUAAUAAUAAAUUGAGAGCAGCA